CAUCCUGGCUUUUUCAUUCACAUAUCUAUUUCUCAAAUCUCACAGUCCGAUAUUUAUAUAUUAUUCAACCAACAAGUCACUCCGCAAACACUGCCUUAGCAGCUUCAAAUUCAAGUAUAUCCAAAGAUUUCCAAAAGACCAUGUUUAUCCGAGGCGAUGCGACGCGCGGUGCUAGGGAUACGGGGAUUAUUCCCCAGGUGCCCAGCUCGAUGACUCCGUACGUGGCGGCUGUAAAACGCGGUCCCUACACAAUGACCAAUCCCGUUUAUAACAACCCAAAUCCCCACCUGGUGGCAUUCGAUGGCCAGGUGGCAGACACCACCCAGAAGCACACCUUUAACAUCAAUAAGCAGGCUCUGAUGAGCAAUUACCGUCACCAUCAGCGCCUGAUCCCGGUGGCCAUAGGCAAGCAUUCCCUGUCCAGGAGUCGCUCCAAUCUGGUGACGAACGAACAGCGGGCCUUGUACCGCCAGCACCGAGAGCGAAUGAGCCAAGUCAAGGGCAAGGUAAACACCUACCUGCCCCCGCCAAAGAUCAAGAUUGAGGGGAAUGGCAUGGAGCUGUCCUACAUGGAGAUGCUGACCGCUCUGUACAAGAAGAGCAACAAUACGCUGCGCACCUUCACCAAGUCGCCAGAACGCCUGGCGGAGGGCAGGUGGCGCAAUGCGACAGUGGCCCGAAACAAGGAGCAGCGGCAGCUGGAGAACAACAAGAAGUUUCACAAGGGCGGAGAGCUCUUCGAUACGAUGGCGGCAAAGUCAAAGAAGUCCGAGGGAUCCUUUACCUACGAGAUUCCGAUGCAUGUCCUCCAUCGCUACGAAAAUCUAAUGGAUCAAUGCGAUGUGGGUGUCUUGUGCAAGCUGCUGCGCCCGCAGAUCUAUUUGGACAUUGAGGUGCCGGAUUGCCGCCUCCAGGGUCGACUCUGCAUCCAGCUCUUUACCGAGGCCUGUCCGCAGGUGGUGCUGGAAUUCAUGCGGGUCUGCACGCGCAACUGUACCCAAUCCAUCGCCUUCACUCGAGCCUUGUCGCCCAUUUGGCUGGAGGGCAAGAUUGAAAUGGACUCGGAACGGAACAGGGGGCUAACCAAUAUCGAGCACGAUUUCGAGACCUUGAACCAUGGCGUGGAUGCUGGCAUCCUUUCGUUCCCCAGUCGCUACGUUCGUGCCACUGCCUGUUCGGCGGUAAACUUCACCAUCAGCUUUAAGCCGUUGUCGACGCUAAAUGGUCGCAGGAUCGCCUUCGGCAAGGUGCGCAAGGGAAUGCAGUUCCUGUCAAAGAUUCAUGAUGCCAUCGGUCACCUGGCCAGCGCUCACAAUAAGAUUUUUCUGACAGACUGUGGCAUCCUUUGAACCAAAGUCAAAUUUUAUGUAAAAAGACAUUUGUGUAUUUAAUCAUUUGAUUGUAAGCAGCUCGUCAAAAUAUAUCCAGUUUGUAGAUAAA